AUGAUGAGAGUACAUCCUAAUAUUUCUUUUAUUUACUUGUUUCUUUUAAGUUUAUAUUUAUAUAAAAAUAUUGUUGCAAGUGAUAAAAUUACAAAUGGGGGAGUAGCUAAUUUGAGGAAUGGAUCCCAAACUAAUAGAACAAUACCUGUACAAAAUGAAGAAGAAAAUGAAAGUAAUAAAAAUGGAAAACUUCAAAAUUCUCAUGAACAUGUUCAACCAGCAAACAAAGCAUUAAUCUCAUCCACUAGUGCACCAAAUACAAAAGAGGUAUAUUUAACAGAUAAUGAAGAUAAAAGCGCUGCAACUGCUAGAAAUGGACAAGAUAGCACAUUAGAUCCAUUAACUUUGGGUUUAUCUGAAGCAUUUAAAUUAUUUUACAGUUCACUAUAUAAACCGGCAGUAAGAACAUUAUUACAAGAUGACAAAAAUAAGCAAAAAACAAAUGUUCAUAUAUCUGGAACACCAGACGAUCAAAAAAAUAAAGAAGAAACAAUUUUGUUAGAAUAUGAUAAUACAGCCAAAAAUAUAGUUACUGAUAGUGAGGAGGAAGUAAGGAAAGAGAAGGAGGAAGAAAGUCAAGAAGAAGAUGGAGUAGGUAAUAUAUCUGAAGAUUUGAUAGAUGAAGAAGUCAAGACAGACGAAGAUACUGAACAGGGGGAAAGUCUCAAAAAACAAUCUCAUAGUAAUGGAAAAGAUACUACUGAUAUAUCAAGUGAUGAUAAUGAACCAUAUACGAAAUUACAAGCAUAUAUAAAUGCUGAUUAUUCUGGACAGGAAAUUGAAACGUUUUUGAAAUCCGUUGUUAAUUUACUUGGAGCUGAUAGUAAGUUUAAAGAUACGUUAAACAAUUUGACAAAGGAUAUGACUGAAUAUCUACAACGUAGAAUAUUUUAA